CCGGCGGCAGCAGCUGUGGCGGCUCCGUGGGGAGAGGAGGCUGCGGGCGCCAUGGCGGGCGCCGGCCCCUGGCAGGGCAGCUGUAUUCAGCAGCUGAGUGAUGGGGUAAACUUCAUGGAUCCAGGUUUCCAGCAGAAACUUGAAGAUGAAAAGGAACUAAUUCGUCGGGCCAUCCAGAAGGAACUGAAGAUCAAAGAGGGGACAGAGAACCUGCGCAAGGUGACAACAGACAGGAAGAACCUUGUACAUGUAGAGCACAUGCUGAAAUCUUCCAGUCGGAAACUGGAGCAGCUGCACUGGGAGCUUCAGGAGCUUAAUGCCCGCAUUGUAAUAACGGAGAAACCAGAGAGAAAGACAGAUGAGUCUAGGUCUCCAGACCCUUGUCUCUGGGAACAGGACUCGAGCCUGGUGGCAAGGAGGACUGAGGCUCUUAAAAAACAGCUGCACAUUGAGAUGAAGGUGAAACAGGGAGCUGAGAACAUAAUCCAGAUGUAUUCAAACACAGCAUCGAAGGAUUGGAAACUGUUUGCUACUGCCCAGCAGAUGCUUCAGGACAGCAAGAUGAAGAUCGAGAUAAUCCGUAUGCAGAUUGUGAAGGUGUCUCAGUUGGCAGGAGGCACGGAGGAUGCAGUGGAUCCAGCAGUGAGGACAGGAGCUAACAUCAGCCUUCUGGAGCUGCGCAUUGAGGAGCUGCAGCAUCACCUACGCAUUGAAGCUGCUGUGGCAGAGGGGGCAAAAAAUGUGGUGAAGAUCCUAGGAGGCAGCCGGGUGCAGGAUCGCAAGCUGUUGGCUGAGGCUCAAGGCCGCUUGCAAGAAUCAUCUCAGAAGAUUGAUUUGCUGCGUUUGUCUCUGGAACGGCAGCUUAAUGAGAUUUCUCCUGAUCACCCAAAGCGGGCAGCCAUCAAGCAGGAGCUAGUAAGCAUUUCUUCUCUGGGAGCCCAGCAUGGCAGGGUCCAGCCUUCUACUUCAUUGAUCAAACCUACAGCUCUUACAGGAACACUGGAAGUGAGACUGAUGGGGUGUCAGGAUCUGUUGGAGAAGGUUCCAGGACGUUCCCGAAUGGCUGCUUCAUCUCCUAUCCAUGCAUCUCCAAGUGACCUGUGGUCCCUGACCAGAGCAAGGGCUGGUAUGGGCAUCUAUGGCCUCAGCACUGCAGGAAAGCACUUGCGGAACGAGGAGCUAUGUAAUGAGGUGCUUGCGGUGCUCAAAGUGGACAAUAAAGUGGUUGGUCAGACAACCUGGGGGCCAGUUAAUAACCAGGCAUGGGACCAGAGCUUUGCUAUUGAGCUGGAUCGGUCCAGAGAGCUGGAGAUUGCAGUUUAUUGGCGUGACUGGAGAGAGCUGUGUGCAGUGAAGUUCUUGCGUUUGGAUGACUUCCUCGAUAAUGAACGUCACGGGAUGUGCCUCUCUCUUGAGCCCCAGGGGACGCUUUUUGCAGAGGUGAUGUUCUGUAACCCUGUUAUUGAGAGAAGGUCCAAGCUGCAGCGCCAGAAACGCAUUUUCCCAAAACAGAAAGGAAAGGAGUUUCUCCGAGCUUCUCAGAUGAACAUAAACCUUGCUGCCUGGGGCCGCCUAAUGAUGAGCAUCCUCCCACCAUGUAGUUCCCCGACCACUCUUAGCCCUCCAGUUCAGCAUCCUGCUCAUUCAGAUUUCGCCUCUCCAGCUCCACUGCCAGAUCAAAUUGAUCUGAUGUCCAGUGACUUUCCAGUGGGUAAACUGAUAUUUGAUGAAGAACCUCCCCGGAAGCCUCCAUGCCUCUUUCUGCCGGCAGACUCCAAAGAAAUGGUGCCUUCUCCCACAGACUCUCCAUGUCUGAAGAGGCUGCAUGUCGAAGGGAUUUGCAGCUUGGCUGUAACGGAAACACCAAAUCGAGCUUCUCCAAGGAAGAGAAAUGUCCAGCUUCAGGACUUUCACUGCGUUGCCAUGCUGGGACGUGGGCACUUUGGAAAGGUGCUUCUAGCCCAGUACAAGGCAACAGGGAAGCUGUACGCUAUCAAAGCCCUGAAGAAGAAAGACAUUAUUAGCCGAGAUGAAAUCGAUAGUUUGCACUGUGAGAAGCGCAUUUUUGAAGUGGUCAACUCUUCUGGACACCCCUUCCUGGUGAACAUGUUUGCGUGUUUCCAGACGCCAGAUCAUGCCUGUUUUGUGAUGGAAUAUACUCCUGGAGGUGACCUCAUGACACACAUUCACUCAGAAGUUUUUCCAGAGCAUGUGACACGGUUCUACACAGCCUGCGUAGUCUUGGGACUCCAAUUCUUACAUGAGAAGAAGAUUAUUUACAGGGACCUGAAGUUGGAUAACCUGUUGUUAGACACUGAGGGCUUUGUGAAGAUUGCUGAUUUUGGGCUGUGUAAGGAAGGGAUGGGUUUUGGGGACCGUACAAACACCUUUUGUGGCACUCCUGAGUUUCUGGCUCCAGAAGUCCUGACAGACGUUUCGUACACCCGGGCAGUAGACUGGUGGGGGCUAGGAGUACUCAUUUAUGAGAUGCUUGUUGGUGAGUCGCCAUUCCCUGGAGAUGAUGAGGAAGAGGUCUUUGACAGCAUUGUCAAUGAAGAGGUCCGCUACCCACGAUUCCUUUCCUUAGAGGCACUUUCCAUCAUCCGCAAGCUUCUCCAGAAAUGUCCAGAGCGUCGUCUUGGGGCAGGAGAGAGGGAUGCAGAGGAGAUUAAGCCCCAGGCCUUCUUUAAGAUAAUUGACUGGAAUGCCCUGCUUGCCAGGACGCUGAAGCCCCCUUUUGUGCCCUCUUUAAGAGACCCUACUGACAUUAGCAACUUUGAUGAAGAGUUUACCUCUCAGAAGCCAGUCCUGACUCCUCCAGACAAGCUCCGUGUUCUAUCCCAGAAGCAGCAGGCUGCCUUCAAGGACUUUGACUUUGUCUCCAGACACCUUCUAGAAGUCUGACUGUUGUGAUCUCUACCAGCACCCUGAGAGCUUCUAGAGAGCGACUUGCCAGUGACCAUGGAAAAAUCAAGUCACUGACGGGCAAAGACUGUUCACUGGACUGAUAUAAUUAACUGCAGAAAGCAGGCUGGUCUGCAAGCUGUUUUUUCUAUUGCAUUUUACUGUUUCCCUCUGGUAGGGGGAGGGCACUGUGUGAGAACUACCUUUUGAGAGGGGUCAUUUUUGUUGGGUGUAUUUGAAACAGUCCUCGGCAAACUGUAGUGCCAUCCUUGGAUGGACGCGGGCAUCUGAAUUUUACUUUAGCCUUAACACCCCAAUGUAUCCAAGUGGAACAGAGCCUCCACCACUGUCCAAACUAUGGCUGCAGAAGGGUCUAGCAAACUGCUUAACUUCUCAGAACAGGCUGAUCAUAGGCAGGGGAACUGGCAUGUUCAGCCUGCCUUCUAGAAGGGAUGCAGCACUCACUUUUUUUCUCUCUUCACAAUUGAUUUAUGCUGUUCCUGUUGGGAGUUUGGUGGUGAUGCAGUUAGUACAGUCUGGACAACGAAGGUCAGGUUUGGAAACUUGCUCAAAUGUCUUGCCUUGCUUUAUGGAAGCAGCAAGAGACUAUUUCAACUGACUUGCUAUGGUUAAAUCUUGUUUUUAACAAGUACUGACCUAAAACCCCCACGGCUUUUAUAUAUGCUGUGUUGGAGAUGCAGAUGUACUUUUCCUGAAGAAACUUCUGUCUCUGACUAAUUGGAUAAACUUCCCAGGGUCUGGACCAACAGACCCGCGUAGCAAGUUUGUUUUCAAAUCCAGUAUCAUUUUCAUUGCUGCAGUUGCUUGGAUGCAUCUCCUGUGUUUGUGUUGUCUUUAGGGGAGUCAUUUAUGUUAUGCUGAUAAUUGCAGCCAAGUUAUUGACCCAUAGCUUUUAUGUACAUGUUGUACCCUUUUCAGAUAAUAUAAAAAAGAAUGCAGGUGUUUAUAUUGAAAAAGUUAAUAAACGUUGAUUGUGUAACAGCUGUGGGCAGGCAACAGCCUAAAUAGUGCCUAGAAUACAGAAAAGGAUACGUGUAAGCCAUGUGGGGUGGGGGGAGGUUUUGGAAUAAGGGUGAUGUAAGUGGCACCUUGAACGAUAGCUGUUUUAAACUUCUGCUUGUCAAACUGUUCUGCGGGUGACAGUGCUGCUUCCCAGCUCAUCAGUGUGAGCAAGAAGUCAAAAAUAGCAACUGUUAUUUAGAUACUGUCCACGUGAGAAGCCGAUAGUGUAGGACAUUCCUGAGCUGCCAGGGGACCUAGAAUAUAGUGGCGUUUGACACGGUGGGCAACACUUUGUGUAAAUAGGUUCUUAGUCUUGUGGCUUUGGCAAAUAGGCUAGAGAAAGGGAAGGGUUUCUAGGACAAGCUGAAGAUUAAAUGGGACAUGGAGAGGUUGCUCUUUUGACCCUUCUUCUGCAGAGGUAGGCAGGAGUUUUUACCCAUGGAAGGUUGGGCUGUUUCUAGAAGAGAAAUCUGGGCCUAACUGGUGAAGAACGUCCAUUAAAUGGAUUAGCUCAAGUACUCAAGGGGUCACCGAGGUAAGUGCUUUUGUAAGGCACAUACUUGUCUAAGAUCCUCCCAGCCCACACUGAUCUUAGCCCUCUCAUUUGCAGAGCCAUGUGCAAUUAGUACUGAAUGUCUUUUGGGUCACAUUCCCUUUUCAGCGGCACCUGCUGCCUCCUCAUGCUAAGGGGUGCCUGGAGGCAGGGUGUGUGUUUAUCUCAGUCCUAUUUAUCAGCUCAUCUCUGGCUCUAACAAUGUUUUGUAAAAGUUGGGUGGCAUCUUUUCCUGACUCUUUUUUGCUAUUAAGGGUUAACCAGUAUGCUACACUGCUAAUUGAGGAGAACUGAGCACUUGGAGUGUCCACAGAGAGGUGCAAAGAACAGCAAAAGCUGGGCUUAAUCUUUUAUUGAUUUACAUUACAAAAUAAAUUAAAAAUCUUUCAAAUGCAACCAGAUACAUUUACGAAACAAAUGUUCCCACUGAA